UCUCUCUUCCUCUGUCGGCCAUGGCGUCUUCUGCUCUGAGAGACGAGCUGGACUGUUCCAUCUGUCUGAUCACUUAUACAGAUCCUGUAAUGCUGAGAUGUGGACACAACUUCUGCCGGGUCUGUAUUGAUCGUGCGCUGGAUACACAGGACCAGUCUGGACUUUAUUCCUGUCCUGAAUGUAGAGAAGAGUUUCAGGAGCGGCCGACACUGAUGAGGGACAUCGCUCUGAGAAACAUAAUGGAGAACUUCCUGGUUACUGAUCCAACACCGACAGAACCCGGGAUCUUCUGCACUUACUGUGUGGACUCUCCUGUCCCUGCUGUGAAGUCCUGUCUGCACUGUGAGGCUUCUCUGUGUGAUAAACAUCUGAGAACUCACAACAAGUCACCAGAACACGUCUUAUCUGAGCCCAGAACUUCUCUGGAGAACAGGAAAUGUUCUGUCCAUAAGAAGGUCCUGGAAUAUUACUGCACUGAGGACGCUGCUUGUAUCUGUGUGUCCUGCAGGUUAGACGGAGAACAUCGGGGACACCAGGUGGAGAUGAUGGAUGAGGCCUCUGAGAAGAAGAAGAAGAAACUGAGAAAUGUUCUCCAGAAACUGAUCCCAAAGAGAGAGAAGACUGAGGAAAGAGUCCGGAGUCUAGAGGAACGCAGGAGAAAAGCUCAAGAGAAAUCAUCUGGAGAAGCGGAGAGAGUCACUGCCCUGUUUAUAGACAUGAGGAGACGGCUGGACGACCUGGAGAAGAAGGUCCUGAGUGAGAUCUCCAGGCAGGAGAAGGAAGAGUCACUGUCACUGUCUGCUCUGAUCCAUCAGCUGGAAAUAAAGAAGGACGAGCUGUCCAGGAAGAUGAGACACAUUGAGGAGCUGUGUAACAUGACGGAUCCACUGACUGUCUUACAGGAACCAGACACAGGUGACUUGUGUGAUCCUGAGGAGGGGGGAGGGGAUGAGGACACAGGGGGACAUGAUAAGACACAUGAUGUAGAUGAUCUGGAUGUGACUGUGAUCUCAGACACAUUCCGCACAUUAUGUGACAUAAUAUCAGGUAUAAGGAUCUAUGGGGAGGAUCCUGCAGACAUAUUACUGGAUGUAAACACGGCUCAGAAUAAUCUCCUUAUAUCAGACGACCUGAAAACUGCAACGGAGACAGAAAUAACACAGAAUCGUCCAGAAACAGCAGAGAGAUUCCAGAAACAUCAUCAGGUGAUGAGCAGAAGGAGAUUUACCUCAGGACGACAUUACUGGGAUGUGGAGAUCAGUAGAUCAGGAUGGGGGAGGGUGGUGGGGAUGUGUUAUCCCAGUAUAGACAGGAGGGGAGAUCAGUCAUGGAUUGGAUAUAAUAACAAGUCCUGGGGUUUGGGGAGGUAUAAUAAUGAUAAUAAUGAUGAGUAUUCAGUGAUACAUGACAGUGAAGAGAUCCAGUUACCUCACCAGAUCUCCAGUAAUAGAGUCAGGAUCUGUCUGGAUUAUGGGGCCGGGCAGCUGUCCUUUUAUGAGCUGUGUGACCCCAUCAGACACUUACACACCUUCACCACCACCUUCACCGAGCCCCUUCAUGCUGCAUUAUGGGUAGGGGGAGGUUCUAUAAAGAUAUUAGGGGGAGGCAGAAACUGGGAGAAACCAUCAUAAUAUAAUAAACUGCUGAGAGAAACUGACAUCCUGAUUGGUGGAUUAUUUAGCCAAUGGGAUGAAUGAGGAGGCGGGGCUACAGGGGAUGAUUCCUACAUGGCAGCCGUCCCUAUGACUAGAUCACAUGGUCUCAUUGAUUGACACAUUUCUACAUAUUGGGGUAAUCAGGUGUUUAGAGGAUUAUUUCUGCCUUAAUGAUAUUAAAGGGGAUUUCACAGGGUAAUAUUGUCUAAGACCAAAGGGUAGAAAUUCAUAUCCCCCAUACUCAUAGUGCCCCCUCUAAAGCUUCUACAGUAACCAGUGCUGUACAUAUAGUGCCGCCAUAAUGUUUCCUCUAUUCUGUACAUAGCAACAUAAUAAUGUCUCCCAAAGUGCCCAUAUAAUUGUGUUAUAGAUAUAUAUAUAUAGUGCCGCCAUAAUGUGUCCUCUAUUCUGUAUAUAGCAACAUAAUAAUGUCUCCCAAAGUGCCCAUAUAAUUGUGUUAUAGAUAUAUAUAGUGCCGCCAUAAUGUGUCCUCUAUUCUGUACAUAGCAACAUAAUAAUGUCUCCCAAAGUGCCCAUAUAAUUGUCUUAUAGAUAUAUAUAUAUAUAGUGCCGCCAUAAUGUGUCCUCUAUUCUGUAUAUAGCAACAUAAUAAUGUCUCCCAAAGUGCCCAU